UGAGAGCUCCCUGAUGCCCACCAAGGCCAUUGAGAAGAUUCCCUCCCUCCUACCAGGCAAGAUCCUUAUCGAGGAGGACACCCUCAGUUGCAGCACUCCCUGGGCCACCGUCAUGAGCCCCCAGACCCUGAAAUUCAUCCUCCACGGCAUCAUGUGCCGACUGGAGGCCUCAGAGUCCCCCCAGACAAGGAGGGCCAAUGACCCCUUCAGGCUGAUGAAGGAUCUCUUUCUGGAGGUCCAGCAUGCCCUGAAGUAUGCUGACAUCUCUGUCCUCUUUGGCCUGGAGGAGAGCAUCCAAUUCAUUGGGGAGGAUGCGGUGAAGGCCAUCGUGAAGACUGCAGCUAAAAGAUUGUCCCUGCGUUCGGACUCCAACCGGGCUCAACUGCGUGCCGCGCGCUCUGGUGGUGAGGCAGCCAUCAGGUGCAUGGCGGACACCAUCACACAAGUCAUAGAUGACUAUUCCGAGGACUGGAGUUCCGGUGGCCAUUUUGGAGCCAGGAGGAGCCGUGCUAGUGGGAGGUCACACUCCUCAACCUCCUCAAGGAGUGACGUCACCCUCACCGAGGAGCUCCUGGCCCGGAGGGAAUCCCUUGAAGAGGACCUAGCGGAGAUGGCUGAUGACAGCACUGGUUUGGAGAAGACCAUUGUAAGCUCAGCCAUCUCUGCCAAGUCCCAGGAGAAGGAGAAGGAAGAGGCUAUGAAGGAAGAAGUGAGGAAGUCAGGAAAGAAGAGGCGAAGAAAUAACAAGGACCAGAAGAAGAACAAGGUGUCUCCUCUUGGCAAUGAUAGUACUGUGGCUGCAGAUGAGCCGAAGAAAAAACAGUCUCUCCUCCCGCGGAUCACAGCUGCCCUGGCAAGACUAUUUUGCUUCCCCUGCAAAAAAAAGAUGCAAAAAGUAACUGCAGAGACGAGUUUGGGAAACCCUGAUACCACCUCCCCCAACCCACUUUCUAAAAAAACAUCAGUGCCACCAGAAGAGGGAGACAACCCCCCCUAACUAAUUUGAUUACCCCCCCAUUUAAUUUAAUAAACACAACUUUCAGCUAUUUUGAUCUUCUUUACUUUUUUUUUUACAGACCCACCUGCAUGCUAUAGAUUCGUAAGGUCAAUUUGCUGUGUACUGUCUACAGUAUCAUUGUUAUGAGUAGGUUCACUGUGUCAGUCAUUAUUUUUACCUUUAUUUAACUAGGCAAGUUAGUUUAGAACAAAUUCUUAUUUUCAAUGACGACCUAGGAACAUUGGGUUAACUGCCUUGUUCAGGGGCAGAACAACAUAUAUUUUAGGCUACCUGUCGCUAUAUAGGUAUAGGCUAAAUGCCCUAACCUAAUUGCAAUUUACAUAAUAAGAGUUACAAUAGAAUAAUUCCCUAAUUGUAUCUUUCUUGAGAGGGAAUAAAUCUCUAAUACACUAUACUCAAUACCAUACAGUAAGCUCCACUCUAUACCGAUGCAAGCCCCGCCUCCCCGCAGAAUAAAGAAUAGACACGAGUGGAUAAUUGCGGUGUCACUACAAAGGAUACCUUAAUUAAGCCAAUUCAUUGGCUGUGUUGUAAUCUGAUUGGUGUGUGUACCACCUAAUGCAAAAGGUGUAAAAACGCUGAAGCACUCCAUUCUGUUCAUGAUUUCUAUUUAUGAUUGACGCUGCUGUUUAAAGCUAUAUUUUUUAAUGUCUGCCUUAUUUGCAUUAUUACACAUUUGGAGAGGACAGGGGAGAUAGGGUGGACAGCUCCCUGUCUAGUAGUUGUAGCUGUAGUAUCUGGGAUCUACAUCUGUUUAUAUUAGUUACUGUGCUGUUACUAAGCAGUAAUGCAUUACGGCAGUGUUACGUUACUACACCUAAUAGGAAAUGCAGAUGCGCACUGGAAUGCCGCGAACUGUAGAGCACGAGGGGUUUUGACUAAACGAAAUCUAACUGUACUCUCGUCUCCUGCCUGGUCAUUUCUCCACAACACAAAUAUUACAGUGGCGACGAGGUGAUUAAACUACAUAAACGGACAUUGCUUGAAGGGAAGAAUGUUGCUUGAGUAAUGAAACUCAAAAUAAUUAUGUAAUUCGUCAGUUAU